ACCGAACAACUCUUGCACCAUUACUCCCUUCCACCUCAUACCAUACCACCAAAUUAUUCCACUCCCCUCUCCCCAAGAUUUCCACACCCACUUUUUUGAAAGAGAGAUUUAACCCCAGAGAGAAUAGAGAGAAGAAUUUGUUGUCUUCUACAAUCGAUCUACAGGCGGCCAUGGAUGUCCAGAUCUUUGGCCUCUGCAAGCAGGUGGCCUUUAUACCUCUUUUCUUCUUCCUUGCCUUCGUCGGUGCUUCCGCAUUGCCGGAAACCCUGACCCGGAAUCUCAUCGGCGGGUCGAAUUCCGGCGUCCAGAUCAAUUCCAACUCUGUUUUGGUCGCCCUUUUGGACUCCCACUACACCGAGCUGUCGGAGCUCGUCGAGAAGGCCCUCCUUCUCCCGACUCUGGAGGAAAUCGUUUCUCGCCACAAUAUCACCGUCUUUGCCCCGAGAAAUGAGGCUCUUGAACGGGAUCUGGACCCGGAGUUCAAGCGGUUCCUGCUCGAACCCGGAAAUCUCGAGUCCUUGCAGAAUCUGAUUCUCUUCCACAUGAUACCCACUCGGCUCGAGUCCAAUCGCUGGCCCGCCGAGUCACGUGGCGGACGGGAUCACUCCACUCUGUGCCGCGAUGCCGCCGGCGAGGGUCUCGUUGUCUCCCAGACCGGCGGUGUGAGGGAGGUGAGCGCGUCUAAGGUUCUCCGACCGGACGACGUGGUCCGUCCCGACGGAGUAAUUCACGGGAUUGAGCGCGUCUUGAUUCCCAAAUCGGUGCAGCAGCAUUUCAACACCCGCCGGAGCUUGACCUCCAUCUCCGCCGUUCUUCCCACCGGAGCACCCGAUGUAGACCGCCGGAAUCUCCGAACAAAAACUCCCCACACCCCUUCCCCAGCCGGUUCCCCUCCUGCUCUAUCGGUCUACGACGCCCUGGCCCCUGGCCCAUCUCUAGCUCCCGCGCCGGCGCCGGGACCCGGCGCACCCCGCCGCCACUUCGACGGAGAGAGCCAAGUCAAGGACUUCAUCCAAACACUACUGCACUACGGCGGGUACAACGAGUUCGCCGACAUUCUCGUGAAUCUAACAUCCUUAGCCACCGAAAUGGGGAAACUAGUCUCUGAGGGUUACGUCUUAACAGUCUUAGCUCCACACGAUGAAGCCAUGGCGAAGCUCAACGCCGACCAACUAAUGGAGUCCGGGGCGCCGGAGCAGAUAAUCUACUACCAUAUGAUCCCGGAGUACCAAACGGAGGAGAGCAUGUACAAUGCGGUAAGAAGGUUCGGGAAAGUCAAAUACGACACUCUCCGGCUUCCCCAUAAGGUUGUGGCGGAGGAGGCCGACGGAUCUGUUAAGUUCGGAGAAGGAGAAGGGGCGGCGUAUUUGUCGGAAGCGGAUAUAUACACCGACGGGAGGAUAUCGGUGCAGGGGAUCGACGGCGUCCUGUUUCCGCAGGAGCCGAUCAAGAAGACCGCCGCUCCGGCUAAGGUUGUUUCAAAGCCCAGAAGAGGGAGGUUAAUGGAAGUGGCAUGUAGCAUGUUUCUGGGCUCACUUGGUAUUGCCAGCUGUCAUUAAUAUUAAAACUCUACCAAACAAAGCAGAGAGAGAGAGAGAAAAAAUCUGAUGGUUGAGUGCUCAAAAUAGUGCCUAAAACAUUAAUAGUUUGGUGAGUUUACAAGAAAAGAACAAAAAAAAGUAUGAAGGAAGAAGGAAUGAAGCAUCCACGUGGCAAUAUAUUUUGUAAUAAAACACUUGUAAUUAAUUACGUAUAUCAAUUUUUUCAUUUGUAUUUACUUUUGUUUUUGUAGGAUAUAUCUAUUUUUUAGGGCAAUAUAUACAUUGUGUGGAAUUGUGGAUAUAUGAAGCCAUUAUUAAUGUUAUACAAAAAAAAGUGUUACAAAAUUUUAUAACCCUCCACGCUCUAUUUCAAAUUAAAUUGCUUAUUUCGGU